AGAACUGCCGCCGCUGCUGCUGCCAGUCAGUGCUGGAGGGAGGCAAUGCUGUACUGACCGGGCUGCGGGCACCGACGAGGGCCUGGCGGGGUCUGCGGCCGCUUCGCAUCGCGAACGUUCCUGGACCGAGAAGACCGCGCAAGCCGCCGGCCGAGAAGAAGCAGGCCGGACUCGGAGGACGGCACGGAGGACUGCGAGCCAGGCGGGAAGAUGGCUGAGCUGGCAGAGAGAGCAUCGCCGGGAGACCUGAUCGAGAUCUUCCGGGGCCCCUACAAGCACUGGGCUGUUUACGUCGGCCACGGAUAUGUGGUCCACCUGACUUCAGCAGAAGGGGCCCCGGGAGAUUCCUGCUCCUGUUCAGUGAAUAUCCUGAGGGCCGUGGUGAAGAAGGAGCUUCUUCAGAAAGUGGCCAAGGGAGACAAGUAUCGGGUCAACAACUCGAACGACACAAACCGCUGCCCCAAGUCCAAGGAGGAAAUCGUCCAGACUGCAGAGCGCAUGGUGGGGGAGGAGAUCGACUACAGCCUGGGCCGUUCGAAUUGUGAGCAUUUCGCCAACUUCCUGCGUUACGGGACCCUGGAGAGCAAGCAGGCGGAGCAGGUGAACAAUGUCCUGCAAGCUGGAAUGCUCACGGUGGGAGGGCUUGUGGGCGCUGUGCUUGCCGGGAAACUCAUCUACGAGCUGGUGAAAGGGAGCCGAGAGGAAGAAGAGCCCGAGUGAUGGCUUUGGCUUCCUCCGACAGCGGGGCCUGCAGGCCAAAUCCCACCCGCUUCCCCAGGAUUCCCCAGCAGGCAGACGUCUUCCUCCUCCUCCUCCUCCUGCUGGCUUUAUUUCUUGGCCACGCUCUAACAAUUGUCCUCUCAGCGACUCACAAAGUAAAACAAUGGAAUAAACCAUACAAUUAAGAAAACAUUACAAUUACAAUAAAGUACAAACAUAUUUUGAAAAGCA